UUCUUAAUCUCCAAAUUUCAGCAGAUUUCUAUUCUUUCAGCUUUGUGAAAAAUAUUUAACACAUUUUAGGCCGAACAUGGAAGGAUUAAGGCAACCCCUGCUUGACCCGAGCGUGAGGAAUUAUGAACAGAACAACCUAAUUAACAUAAACAAUGGCAAUGGGCAGAGAGAAAGUCUAGUUACAGAAGCAUCUUAUAAGUUAAAUGCAAACAUCAUUGGAGCUGUUGUUGGAUUGAUUGUUUGUAUAUUUUAUUGGCAUAUGCAGACUUGAGACAGACAGGUGGUUAUAUGGUUCCUGUUGUUCACUAUUUUCUCAUGAUUUUAUUGAGCAUACUUGGCUAGUUUCAUAAAAACACAAAAGAUAUCAAACUUAGCCUAUAGUAUUGCAACUUAUCCACUUGAUUUAGUGACUAUAGGGUUGUUCAUCUACGGAUUUAUAAUUUUUUCUGACUUAACGGAAGAAUGAUCACUCUCUCAUCCAUUCCCAUACUACAUGAUGUUGAUAAUACUAAUAAUCCAAUUAUCAACAUUCUUAAAGUACAUUUCUUGAGGAAUCCUUGUGCUGAUGUGAAUCCCAGUAGUGGCCUUCAUCUUAAUUAGAGAGUACCAGAACAGACCCGAGCCAGAGCAGACUUGGGAAGAUUUUGAAGAGAACGUGUUUAAUAACCUAGAGCAUAAGACUCUGGACUCUGAAAUACAAAAAGAUUAUGAGUCUUGAUGCAUCUGCCUGGUUGACUUUGAGAAGGAAGACAGAAUCAUCGUUCUCAAGUGAAGUGAGAGUCAUCAUUUUCAUAGAGAAUGCAUUCGAGAAUGGAUGUUGAGACAGAGGACUUGUCCCUUGUGCAAGCAAGCUGUUGUGGAGUAGCCAUAAAUACUUUCAAUUAAUCCGGUGAA